AUGUCCUACGACACUUCAACAACGGCUUGGCCAGCAACAACUGCGACUAAUGAUCACGUGUCCAUAACGACAAAAUCAACGAAGUCAACGGCAACAUUAGGUCCACAGAGCCGCGAGAAUGAACACCGAAAAUUCUCUGGUAAAACCAUUGUAACAUUGCUGAUAUGCGGAUACUUGACUGGAAUGGGCCUGUUUGUGGCUUGGCACAUGUACGAAACUGGCAACGUCCAGCUUCUAAGAGGCAAAUGGCUCAAGUAUAAUGCGGCUGUAUUAGUGUUCCUUCUGCUCGCCUACAGUCGACAUGUGCGUUGCAUUGCCACAUUGUGCAUUCCCAUUUUGUGCAGCUCUAAGGGGCGGUCCUUGUUGAUCGCCUUUGCUUUUGUGAUGGUCGCUGUGGGACCAACUGUGAAUAUUUUUCGGAACGUCGACGUGCUCGUGCGUAGCCUCUCCUGUGGCCAAAUGCAACUAAAGGAAGCGCUAGAAGAAAUGCUGGAGGUUAUGAGACAGCCGCUGGUGGCCAUUAAGAAAUCUGUUAGAACUGCCAUGAAUAAUAUAAAGCAAGUCGUCAAAAAAGUCGAAUUAUUGCUGUUUCGCAUAAAAGAGCUGGUGCUGGUGAUCUUGAGCGCGAUCAAGAACAUGUUUGAAUGGCUGAAAAGCAUCGUGAGCUUUUGCAAUAAGGAAUUGGGCACACCCUUCGAUCGGUGCAUGAGGACCGCAGACGAUGCGAUGAAGGAUUGCAGUGAAAAACUAGGCUCAUUCAAGGGACUCUGUCAGGCAACGCACAUCUUCUCAAUGCUUUGCUAUACAGUCAAAAUAGUCGAUGUUCUCUGUGUGAUGGUAGUCUUCUUUGACGAUGCUGUGCUGGGUACUAUUAUGGACAAAUUGCGCGAAUUCACGGAGGAGAUAAAGAAUAUGUUCGAGGUGUCAGUCACUUUCGAUCAUGACUUCAGCUUUACAACGGUGGCCUCAAGAAAUCUCAGCGAUGUGGGCCGCGAUAUUAUGAGUGAGAUACAUGGGCGUAUGGCAGGCUUCUUCCUCAUUUUCGGUUGGCUGGAUGUGAUUAGCGGACUCCUUUGCAUUUUAGUGAUAAUCAAAGCAAUUUACUUCAAAAUGAAAUACUUGCGUCAGCCGGGCUACAACAAUCACUAUCUCACCAAAGACAUUCUGCAGAUCGAUGAGCAGCGCAAGGGCGCGGGUUUGGAACGAUUAUUGCCGCUGAAGAAAAUCGAAAAGCGCAAAUACAUUUGGAUAUCCAACUGCCGUUUGACACGCCGAGAGAUCUAUAGGCUGAUGCGCUCGAUGUUAUUUCUUUUUAUUUCCGUCAUACAGAUUUUCUGCAUCUGUUUUUUUGAUUACAGUCUAUAUUGGACAUUGGCUAUGAUCAACUACUAUGGCAGCCAAGAGGCAAACGUGGAGGUUCCGCCCUUCAUUACCGUCGAUGUAAAGGGAGGGGGCUACACGGCCGAAAUUUUUCGCGGCAUUGUGCAGGCUUUCGAGCCGCUCAGCCAGAAAUACAACAUCGAUGCGACGCCUUGCCUUCCGGUGCCGAAGCGUCCGAAUUUGAAGCGAUAUAUGGAAAUUGCAGGUAUUUGUUUGUUGGCUUGGAUUUUCCUCUUCUGUCAGCCUUACGGCCUGCGACUGCGACACGUUGUGAUGCGUCUGUAUUACCCAGCGGAGGCGCGGCAACGAGCUGCUUGGCUGUACAAUGAGAUACUGAUGAAGCGCAUGACAUUCUUCAAGCUGAUGAGACGGAAAGCGCGCGCAAAGUUUAAAAAUGAGCCCAAAUCUGAUCCAUAUACUUUUCUAGACUGGGUUAGAGCGAAGACCGCGAGCUGCUUUCUUUGCCGUUUUAUACUCGGACAUCGUAAAAGUGAUACUUGCAUUUUGUGCGGAUUCCCCCUGAAAGAAGACAAAGUGGAAUGUUCAAAUCCUGGCUGCAAGGCGGUUUACUGUCAGAGUUGUUUUGACGAGUCCAAUAAAAAUUGUUGUAUAUGCAAAAGGCCGGUGGAAUACGGCGAUGACAGUGACAUCUCAGAGGAGAAGGAUUCCUCUGAUGACCCGAGCGCCGUACGUGAGCCGCGCGAAAGCGAUAAAUAUUGUAUUUGGGUACCCUAGUACUCAUCAAGCAGUAAAUGAAAUCGCACAACAAUUUCCACCAACUUUGGCCGAUUUGAAUUCUAUCUAAAUUUUAAAUGUAUUUCAUUAAGUGCAUCCACUACCAUUUACAGUACCACAGACUAUGGAAGACUGGCUACUGGCUACUGGCUACUGGUUAUUGGCCACUUUUGUGAAUUCCGCAUUGCAAACCAACUAUGGUCACAGUAGCCGCAAAACAACAGGAGAACCAACCGAUUUUGGCUAACUCACAGCUGCAAUAGAUACACUGGCGUAAGUUAUUCUGCGGUGCUUUCAUUCAACACCCCAAUCAAGACUCUGCCCAAAUAAGCAAAGUAAGCAAACGACCGCUCCUCGUCCCAAUUGGUUAGGAUGCUUUCUGCGUCGAGUUGGCGUAAAUGAAGCAAUGCUGCGGCUAAAGUUUCGAUCGGUGGAGCGUAGAUAUGAUCAGCAUCACAACGAGUAAAUGGACAAAUUGUUUGUUGUUUAAGGCACAGCUGCAGCUAGAAACGUCAUAUGCACUAUCGGAUUGACACAUGCACAUACAUGUACGUACAUACAUACUGUGUGAGCACCACCUUCCUCGCCCAGCCACCGCUCCAUCGAACCCAACGCGCAAUUCGAAAAACAUUUGAAAAUUGCUGACGAAUCGUAACUUUAGUCCACUGGCUGCUGGA